CGUAGUAUGAAAUUUCAUGAAAUUUUUGACUUUCUUUUGGAAAUUUCUUAUUCAAUUACUCCUUUGCACAAAUAAAAGAUUCAUGCGCAGUUGAUUCAAUACCAUCAUCAUCACUUCGGUCAAUUAUCCAUCAACUGCUUUCCUUUGCUACUCUAUCCUUACGCUCAUUCCUUCUAUAAGCAAGACGUUUUGCCCGUUGGAAAUCUCAUGCAUCUCGUUCGUGGAACGUUGAUCACUUGCGACGCCCCUGUCAAACAAAUCAUUUCCGCUUUAAACGAUCAAUUUCAAGGUCCACAAAGGUUCGUGAUUGAAGAUUUAGACGAAACACACGUUUUGAUUAAAUCCGAUCGUCUUACCUGGUUACGCGGAGAAUUGGAACGUGAAUUGGAAAAGAAUACUUGGAGACCUGAAGAAGUCAAAAUUGCAGUCACAGCUAGAGAAGGUGCAAAUUAAAUAAGAAACAAGAUGAGUGUUGCAAGAUCAGCCAUCUUAGCCAGCAUGGCAAACUCUGUCUCUUCUCAAGAAAACAGCUCCACUUCCACCUUAUUGCCUCCAGAAAUCCUUUCUCAAAUCUUCUUGGAAGUGGAUCCACAUACACUCUACACCUCCAUUCGUGCUCUAUCGCGCGGUUGGAAACAAUGCGUUGAAGAUCGCCUGAUGGCAGCCGAAUUCGAAUCAGGCCGUUGGAGAGUGGGACUUCGUGUCGUGCGUAAGCCAAAGAUGGGCGCACCUUGGCGUGGCGGUCGUGCAGGCAGUCGUGAGGCGGAUGCACCUGGCAGCAAUUGGAACGAAGUUCGAUCUCGUGUCAGUCAACGUGCUCAGCAACAAGGCUUGAAUGAAGAGCAGCUUGUUCAAGAAGCACGUCAUGCUUUUGCAACCUAUGUGGCAGCCCAAUCUGGCUCUUUAGAGGAUGAAUUAGAACCUGCGUUAUCUGGACAAGGUUCAACCUAUGAUCAUGGUGCACCAGUCUUGCACACUAUUCCUAUGCAAUUCAAACGUUACGACAAAGCGUCUACUACUUUACAAUUCAAUACUCCAAACGAAGAAUUACAUGCUUUGUUCGAAAAAGAAAGCAGUAGGCUCGAUCUAGACUUUGGUAUCAUCUGGCGUUUCCCUGGUGAUGGUCAAGAUGAUGCCGAGGAAUGGGGUGAUGCCGAUCCGGAGAACGGUUGGUUGAGCCGCUUCUACUGUUCCUCAUUCGAUACAAAGAAGAUCGAAGAUUCAGAUGCAGCAUCAAAGAAACUCUCUGAACCACUUAAACUGCGAUCUACACCCCUAGCCAGACGUGUGCGUCGUGCAAUCACUCGUGCUGACUCAAAUGAAGAAGGGGACGAGGAUGACACAGGAGAAACUUCUGUUGACCCAUCUGCACCUCUCGAAUGGGAUGAUCGUGGACAUGAAUAUGCUGCUCUUUCACUUUCACUCGGGACUGAGUUCUUUGUUAGACGCUCUGCCCGCGCAAAUCACCUUUUGCGUCGAUUGGAAGCAGAAGUUGAAUCAGCAAGAAAGGCCAGAAAACAAGCAAAGAAGAAACGUUCCAAGAUGCAAAGCACUCUUUCUUCGCAAUGUUCAACGCCAUACCUGCGUAGUCCAAACCGAGCUCUUAUGGCUGUUGAUGCUUCCUCUUCAUCUUCGCUAGAAGUUCCUGCUUUACGUCUCCACCAAAGCUUGACGACACUCGAUUCGACAAGAGCAAGUACUCCUUCUACGGGAAGUGUUUGCUCUUCAGGAACAUGUACGCCUUCGACGUCCAAUACCCCUGCAUGGAAGCUAGACAGAUCUGCUUCAUAUGCUGCAAUUGCAUCCACACCACCAUCAAACCCUCAAUCAAGACGUGGCUCUUCAAGCAGCAGCGGGACAAGAAUUCUGCGACCAGUCCUAUUCGGUACACCAAAAGAAAGUGUUGCUCCUCUCCCAUCAGUUAAUGCAAGCGGAUAUACAUCUGUCCAACAUCAAAGCUUAGCCGAUGGAAAAGAAGAAGAGAUGAAAGCAGAAAAGGAGGAAUAUAUGACUGGAGAUGUGAGCAUGUCGAGUGAAGAAGAUUCAUUCGAUUCAGGUUCGAUGACAAGAUCAUCUUCAUCAAAAGGAUACGCAUCCAAGGUUGCAAUCUCUAGUCAUCAUUCCGUUCCACGUUGUCAUUUCUCUGCUCGUUUGGUUCGCAUUGGUUCUCAAGCCAAGGAAUGGCAAGGUGGUGAUUCUUAUGGUCGUAAUGCUGUGCGUCAAGCUGUUUUGCCUGCGAAAACGUCUGUUGCCAUAUGGGAAUGGUGCCGCUAGGAGGCUCACAAUCUUUCGGAAUGUGAUGCAUUGAAGUUGGAGUAUCUUUUGGAUGCGAACCACCUCCUCUUCUUCCUAGCGGCUUUAUGAGUGGUGAGCGUGUGGCACAUAUAGAAUGUCGAAUAGAGCUCAUAGACCCAUAGAUCCCCUUUCUUUUUGUUUGGCUAUCAUUAAUAUCAAUGUACUUUUAUUACUUUUAGUUUUAGCAAUACAGUUAUCAUUUUAAU